AUGCCACGAAGAGACGCUUCAUCGCGGAGUAAUACUGUUUUAACCAGAAGUGUUCAUUGCCAACAGACCGAACAGGUCCCGUUUACUAACUUCUUUGACAAUAGUAUUGCACGGAGCAUAAACUUACACACUGAGGAUAGCCAUCAAUCCAUGAGCGAUGUCGCACAUCUCACCUCAAGCUCUCAUAAUGCAAACAAUCACCCUUUGACUAAUGGUCUGACUCUCGAUACUCCGUUUGACACCACAUGGGAGCAUUCUUCAUUAUUACAGAAUGUACGUCGACGUAUUUUGAAAGAGUUAGAGACGGAGAAAGAGGCGCAAAACCAUACAUGGCGGCAAAAAAAACCCUCAAAGCUAAAUUUACACAGACAGCGAGCCUUGAAAAUCACCUUCGGGACAGAUUCCGGCGUUGUGUCAACGUCCUGUGGCGAGCGAGGAAUGGUCGUGCGGGAGAACAAUAAGCAUCUAAGCGGCUGUCACACGAACAAUCACGAUGAACUAAUCGUAUCCUCGGUGGAAUUUUCUUUGUUUUGUCCCUACUCAAAGUUACCGAUUCGGUGUCCCGUAAGGAGCUAUGACUGUUGUCAUUUGCAGUGCUGCGAACUGGAGUCUUGGUUAGUGCUCAUGGGUAAGUACCGGUCACUACGGGACCCAAAGGCACCGUGCCCUGUGUGCCAAAAACGUGUUUCAGCCUCUUCGCUUGAGGUGGAUUUUUGGAUGCAAGAUGUUUUGGAGCAGAUGCCAGCCGAUACACACUUAGUUGUACUCAACAUCGAUGGAAACUGCCGUAGCGGUGACGAGUCUCGAGAGAAGCGAAAAGAGGGAAUGAUUACAGAUGUGAUAGACACAACACAGGGUGAUUAUAAUGAUAACCUUAACGAAGUUAUUGACGAUAACAGUGACGAUGAUCAUUGUAGAAAUAGCUGUGGACAAGUUGAAUUCAAUCCAGUUUCAGUAUCUAGAAUGAUACACAAACGUGAUCGCGCGGCAUCACCAUUUACUAGUAUAGAUCCACUUGCUCAUUCCUCUCCCAACGCAGCCGUGUUUUCUCAAGGACCUCAGGCCAUCCCAGCAUUAGUAAAUAGCGCCGUAAAAACAGAGUUCCCUUUAGCCUCGACAGAGAUUUUAUCUGCUACCACCAUUAGGCAAGCACCUGGCAUUUCACAAGAUUCUUCUGAUGACAAUGGUGUGGUAGUAGUUCGUUGCAUUCAAGGACGUACCUUACCAAGUCAGUUACGUUUGUGGGUUACUCAUUGCAUGCACUGUGGUAAUUCAUUUUCGAUGUGCCAGAGUGACCAUACAGAAAUGUGUAGUCACUGUGGGCACUGUACUAAAGAGCAUCAGACUCUGGUCCGCCGCUUUCCCGAGAAUCCUGUUGUGACGAUGGAGCUGAUACCAGAUGGUACCUUAAUACUUUGUGGAGUGGACGCUAUCGCGGCCUACUUAUAUAGAGCCGGUUUUCAGCGUUACUUAGAACCACAAGAGUUGUUCAUGAUUGUAAAGACGUCUUCACCGGCCUCCCUUCCAACAUCGCAGAAAACAACUCGUAGUGUGUGGGCCAGUGGUAUCCCCUUCACAAGACUUGAUCUAGACUUCCUAGAGGCAUGCUGUGAGCGCGUGGCUAAUGGUGAGGGGCUUGAAGAAGUAAGGGAUAUGAUGGUGCCGAGGCUUUUUCGAAUCCCGAGGCGACGUCACUCAGCUUUGGGAUUUAUCACACACCAAACAAGGGUUGAAUAA